AAGCAAAAACUCACAGGAUCAUAAUCUCCUAAAUCAAAAAAAGUAAUGGAUCCAAUCCUGUACAAUGCCUGAGAUGGAAGGCAAUACAGGAGAUGGCGAUCUUUUACUUGCUGAUUAUCUAAAUAGGGAUGAAGAAAAUGGGUACCAGGUCACUCCAAAGGGUAACACAGUCCUCCACGUCGCAGCUCUCAAUGGCCAAUCAGGUUUUGUGCGACAAGUUAUCGACAUUACUCCUGCAUUGUUGUGCUGUAAGAACAAGAAAAAUGAAACUGCACUUCACUUAGCAGCUAAUAAAGGGCACAAAAACGUGUGGUGAAGGUGUACUACUGCGUGGCGUAGACGUAGCUGGACAAGCUGUAGGGAUCAAUAAGGAGACACUCAUGAGGAUGAAAGAUGACGGUGGUGAUACAGCCCUGCACAAGGCCGUGAGGACUGGAUGUGUAGACACUGUCAGACUCUUGGUGAAACAAGAUCCUGAUUUCGAGUUUCCAGCAAACAACGCUGGGGAGACACCACUCUAUCUGGCCGCGGAGUCUGGUCUUGUUAACUGUUUGUCAGUAAUCUUAAAAUACUGCAACAGACCAACAUACAGCUGUCCAUGUGGUCGAACGAAUUUGCAUGCGGCAAUAAUCCAGAAAAACAUGGGUUCUGCGUCAUCACUGUGGGAAUGGAAUAAAGCAUUAUGCGAGGAAACUGACAUAUCGGAUUGGAAUCUACUGCAUUAUGCUGUUAAACUAGGAUUGAGAGUAGUAGUUCGUAAAAUGCUGGGGUGGAAGACAUCGUUAGCAUACACUCCCGCAGGCAAUGGAAAUGAAUGGGAAACAUCAAUUCAUAUUGCAGCCAGUGAAGGUUAUGUAAACAUGAUACGUGAGCUAUCAUUUCACUGUCCUGAUAGCUUGGAAAUGCUUAACAGCCGUGGCCAAAAUGCUCUUCAUAUAACGAUGGCAGCACUCCUCUCCAUUUGAUUGCUGCCUCUGACGGCCGGAUAAUUGUGCCUGUUCAAUUAAGAAGACAUGCCAGUGCAAAGAUGAUGUUACUUUGCUAGUGUUUGGCCGGAGAUUUUGAAAAUUCAUCUUCAAAUAUCUUUGUUUGGACAUGAUAUUUGCCAUGUUCAAAGAUCACAACUUCAAAAACUCGAAUUUUCAAGUUUCAACUUCAAAAUCUAUGGUCAAUUCAGCUACAAUCUAUUGGUAAUUCAGCAAUUACAUGUAAUUAUUCUCACCCAUAUGCAAAUAAAUACAUUAAGAUUGGUAUAUAUUAUGUUGGUUAUGAAUCUUCAAAUUUAUUUAAUAGUACCUAUUACGUAGAGGAUGUAUAGCUACUGAAGUUACAUGUUCUUUUACUAUAUACAAACUCACCACAUGAUGAAAAUAGGCGAAACUGAUACGGCUGUACCAAGUUGUCCAACAAGUUCACGACCAUUCACACGUAGCCAAGCUCGGGAGUUACUAAAACUCCAAGCUAUGUUCAUGCAAAUGGCCGCGUGUGAGUUGGUACUUGAGCCAUCCAAUGGUUUAAAUGUUUUUAAGUCUGAAGAGAGCCUUGACGUAUAACAAACUUACACUCCAAGGCCGUCCCUUGGCAAGGGUAGGAUGGUCAUUGUUCUCUCAUUUUGUGGUGUAAUAUAAAUAGAUAGUAUUAGGGUUAUUUGGAGUAGUUCAUUCAUGAUAUUUUGAGACAACAAAUACUUGUAAUAUUUUUUGAACUUCUCUCUUCCAUUGGAGAAGCUCAAAUCCGAAUCUCACAAGUAGAGUGAUACUUGUGUUGUAUCUUGGAUAGAAACUAGGAUCUUGAGGUUAUAGAGUUCCUCUUGGUCCAAGUAAGAACUUGGUGUUAACAUCCUUUAAUCUUUGGGUCCUUUUCAUGUUAUUAGGGUUCUUAGAUUCUUGGAUGUUGUAUGUCAAGUUAUUUAUCUUCUUUUGUAAUCUUGAGACAUUGUUGUUUGUAUCUUGAAGUAGUGAAGCCGGGUGGGGCCAAUUUCGAUUCACUAUACUUGUUGCAAUCUUGUACUCUUAAAAAUCUGGUUUUUGUUCAAAUCUUGAAGUCUAGUGAAGCUGUGUGUGGCCUAUUUCGAUUCACUAGCAUUGUUGUUAACAUCUCUUGUUGUUCUUGUUGUGGUUUGCUUCUUGUGUUUGAACUUGAUCUUGUAUCAGAAACGGAUGUUCAAGUGGAGUCUUCACCAUUGUCGAUUAGGACGGCGUGAUUUUGAGAUAAAAUGGAAGAAAAUGCAGAAGCCAGAAGAUGAUACAGAGUCGAGGGAGAACAUAGCAAAGAGAGAUAAGAAAGGCAAGCUGAAAGAUAUUAUGGAGGCAACUCAAAUACAUCUAGUAGUUGCCACACUACUAGUUACUGUUACCUUCGCAGCAGGUUUCACCUUACCGGGAGAUUUUGAAAGCGAUCUCAAUAGCUCUAAUAAAGGGAUGGCGAUUCUAAUAAGGGUAAACAGCGUUCCGUGCAUUUGUUGUCUCAGAUACCAUUGCCUUUACAUGCUCUGCUUGUGCUGUAUUCAGCUACUUCUACAUUGCGAUAAGUGCAGUAACUACAAAAAGAUUAAGACUUAUAGCUAUCCGCUUUACUACAGCAGUCCUUUUGCAGCGUUGCGCAAUGUCAGCAGUUGUAAUUGCAUUUAUAACUGGUAUGUAUGCUACUUUAGCACAUUCAGUUGGUCUCGCUGUUAGUGUCUGUGUCAUCGGUUGCAUCACUUUCCCUGUGUUCUGUCUUCUGUGAAAUGUUAGGCGUCUGGUUAUGACGUACUAGAUUCAAUCUCAUGUAUGAUUAUUCAAUAUAUUUUUGUGAACGUUAUUUGAUGUAAAUAUAUGGCAUUUGAUAUUC